AAAUUUAUCGAAAGGUCAACUCUUCCUGUCCCCACCCUCCCUUAUCCUACCCGAUCGGACAGACGCAAAUUCCAGACUCACUCGGGUCAUUUGUGAAUAUCCAUGCACUUUGCAUGACUAUAUUGUCUAUGUUAUGACCUCUUCAACUGUUGAGCUUACAGUUGAGGCCUACCUUGACAUAUCAAAGACAACACGCCAACAUGGUUUAAGGUGUGAUUAUGUAUUGCAUGGUAAGGAUUGUGGUGCAGUCCUUUCAUGCUGGCAGGCUAUGAGUGAGGUGCGAAUCUGGUGUUGCAUCUAAGACUCUUUAUGCAGCAUACUUGUCUUGCAUCUUGAUCAAUGCUACUGACUGGAUGUUUGCAGCAUCAGUUCAAACAUUGUAUUUGCAGAACAGUUCGGGAUAGAGGGACGGGUGUCAAACACAGACAAUACAAAUGCCCAUUACCACGGUGCAGUGCACCCAUUCACACCUCUGAGCAGUCUAUACGUGAACACAUAGAUGUGUCGCACAUGUCAGCAUUCCAUGCCUUGAUCUGCCCAUUACGACAGUGUGAAGGAGUCAGGUUCACACGGAUCUUACAUCUGACAAACCACUUGCGCAGUGCUCACGCUGCUCUUGAAGGUCAAAGGGUGAAUCUGCAUUCCGAACUUUUCUUGCCUUCAUCGCGGAUAUUUCGUCCAUCAUCCGUUCCGGAUCCCCUGCCAUUACCACUGCCAUCAAUCGGAGCUACGCUAGUGCCCGCUGUCGCAAACGGACCUCCGCGAAAAUCUCUCUGGGGUGCUGGUACUGCACCGACCCCAUCCUUGCCGCGCUCUCCCAAAAGACUCAAGCAUACGGUAUCCGAGUCGUCGAUUGAAGACGGCAAAGAGUCUUCUAGCAUCGUCCUAGAUGACCUCCCCAUAUAUGAUGACACCAAGUCUUCCACGGAUUUUGUCGUAUGGCGUCGGCCUUCGCAGCUGCAGAAGGAUGUCGUCAGGCCACUCCCAAUGCUUGAUCCCACUGUACCUCGCCCAACUGAACCACCCAGCUCUAUCUUAUACAACUCCUUCAAAGCCCGCGUCGAUGCUUUGGAGGUCGAGGCGCAGGCGAGAGCAGGCCUCUCAUUCAAGCAAGAUCAAUAACUGAGGAUACAAAACUGAGAGAUUUGGCUAUUCUGCGGGGAAGACGAAGGGGCUGUUGUCAUAGGGCGAACAUUGAACAUUCAGAGCUUCGACGUCCCUUGCUACCUAGAUACUGUACUAGAAAACGGAGUUCCCGCAUAGUACCGCAGCUGAUGAUUAGUCAUGAAAUGUUGAGUAACCCAGGACGUAGUAAUAUACA